AUGUUUUUCAUGGAGCUCCUCGCGGCCAUGGACCAGACCACGCACCAGCUCCGCGAGACUCAGCAGGGGCUCGUGGCCACCGUCGAGAUCGCCUGCCGCCGCGCGCUCGGGAGCCGCUUCGGCCGCCUGGUGCUCGUGGGGAGCGCGGCCCUGCGGGUGGAGACGCCCGGCAGCGACGUGGACGUGGUCUGCUUCACCCGCAACGACGGGUCCGAGCCGGCCGAUCUCCCCGUGAACGCGCUCCGCAAGAUCCACUGGGCCCUCGUCCUUCUCGUGGAGCAGUACCCCGACAGCGGCGCCAACUUCUCCAUGGAGCUCAUCGACGUGGCUCGUGUGCCCAUCCUCCGCGUGCUCUGGGGCCCUCCGGGCGCAGCGGUGGCCGUGGACGUCAGCGUGGACCAGACCGGGCCGCUGGAGCACGUGAAGUG